CACUCCAUCCCUCCCAUUCCACUGCUCCUUCCUCCUCGCCUUCGACCGCCAUUGACACCACCUGCAUUUCCACUUCCCGUUCCUGUUCCUGCAACCCGAAUGCGCUUCCAUUUUUCCUCUGCUCCAACCCUAGAGUGACCGGUCCUGUUCUUGAGAUAGAGCUGGGCACCAUUUCCCUUCCGCUUCCUUAGCCAAACCUUGAGAAAAAACCUGCGAAUCAUGUAGAGCACACCAUCUCCAGCAUCGACCCAGAUCCAACCACAAAAACCACAAAAAAAUCAGUCACUUCCUAGUUUCAAAAGGUUGCAGAAAAUCUAGCAUAUCUAGUAGGCUGGAUUCACCCGCACCGAGUCCUUAGCACGAAAUCUAGAAAAGCCUCCAGAUCAUGUAAAUUUGUCCGCCGUCUUUCCUUGCCAUCCAGACAAAAAACCAACAAAAAAAAAGGUUAACAGAAACUCCAAUCAUGUAUCGCUAGUCGUAGCCAUCAGUCGCGGUCCUGUGAUCCUGCUGGAGAUAAUCCGUCCAUUGCCGUAGCACCACCUUCGCAAAAAACCGUCAAAUCAUGUAGUUAGUGAGCCUCCUAUUUCCGUUCCACCACCACAUUCGUCUUGAAAAAACCCCCAAAAAAGAGAGGGAGAAGAGAGAGUUGGCCGCUUGAUUAGCAGAGUGGUGUGAUGGAGUCGGCGGCUGGGGCGGAGACGCCGAACCUGUCGGCACCGGCGACGCCGGGGACGCCGGCACCGCUGUUCGCGGGGGCGCGGGUGGACUCGCUGUCGUACGAGCGCAAGUCGAUGCCGCGGUGCAGGUGCCUGCCGGUGGAUGCGUGGAUGUCGUCCAACGCCUGCGUCGUGGAGAUCCCCGCGCCGGACGUCUCGCUCCCCCGCAAGCUCGGCGCGGAGUUCGUCGGGACGUUCAUCCUCAUCUUCUUCGCGACGGCGGCGCCGAUCGUGAACCAGAAGUACGGCGGCGUGAUCUCGCCGUUCGGGAACGCGGCGUGCGCGGGCCUGGCUGUGACGACCAUCAUCCUGUCGACGGGCCACAUCUCGGGCGCGCACCUGAACCCGUCCCUGACCAUCGCCUUCGCAGCGUUCCGCCACUUCCCCUGGCUCCAGGUCCCGGCCUACGUGACGGCCCAGGUGCUGGGCUCCAUCUCCGCCGGGUUCGCGCUCAAGGGCGUCUUCCACCCGUUCCUCUCCGGCGGGGUCACCGUCCCCGACGUCACCAUCUCCACCGCCCAGGCCCUCUUCACCGAGUUCAUCAUCACCUUCAACCUCCUCUUCGUCGUCACCGCCGUCGCCACCGACACCCGCGCAGUGGGCGAGCUCGCCGGGAUCGCGGUGGGAGCCGCCGUGACGCUCAACAUCCUCGUGGCCGGGCCGACGACGGGAGGGUCGAUGAACCCGGUGAGGACGCUGGGGCCGGCGGUGGCCGCGGGGAACUACAGGCAGCUGUGGAUAUACCUGGUGGCGCCGACGCUGGGCGCGGUGUGCGGCGCCGGCGUGUACAAGCUGGUGAAGCUCAGGGACGUGAACGGCGAGACUCCGCGCCCGCAGCGCAGCUUCCGACGCUGAUCCAUGUGCACGCAAACUCCGGCCCGUGCAUGUACGGUUGGUUGCUGAUCAGCAACAACCGGGUGCGUACGGACGCCGGUAAACAUAUUACUCCUACGAUUUCCAUGUUCCAGUGCCGCGGACACACCGUGACUGCUAGCAUAUUUGUGUCCCGUGAUUGUAAUAAAUGAAUUAACGCCGUUUUGCUACGUCCAGAACGGCGUGGACUCUGCUUUAUUUACUCCUACUAAUAGAAUGUCCGUGCAUUGCUAUGAUUAAGUGACAGUCCUUUGAAUA